CGAACGUUCAUGUUACAAGUACUAGAACAAGAUGAUCAGUCCGAAAUGCUUGUUUCGCAACUUUCAAUUGCGUAAUUUUAUUCGUCCUGUUUCACCAAAAUCAACUAUUUCAGGAAAUCAAAAAGACAACAUCAUCAAUGGACCAGAUCUGAAGGAUUUCUUGAAGGAAGGUGCAUCUACAACAAUAUAUGCUGGCCAACUGAAGAGUGCCUCUGGUGAAAGGUUAAGAUUGCCACCAUGGCUGAAAACUGAGAUUCCCAUUGGAAGAAAUUUUCAUAAAUUGAAAGAUUCACUGAGAAGUCUCAAACUGCAUACUGUCUGUGAAGAAGCAAAGUGUCCAAACAUUGGAGAGUGUUGGGCAGGCGGUGAGAAUGAGGUGGCCACGGCAACCAUCAUGAUCAUGGGUGACACUUGUACCAGGGGCUGUAGGUUUUGUUCUGUGAAGACAUCUAGGAACCCUCCUGCGUUGGAUUCCAUGGAACCCGUCAACACUGCAACUGCUGUCGUCGAAUGGGGAUUGGAUUACGUCGUGCUCACCUCUGUCGAUCGAGAUGAUCUUCCUGAUGGUGGAAGUCAUCAUUUCGCUGAAACAAUUCGGGAAAUCAAAAAGAGGUCAUCAGAGAUGCUCGUUGAAUGUUUGACACCAGACUUCCAAGGCAACAAGCACUCUAUUGAAAUGGUGCUAGAUGCUGGUCCCGAUGUCUUUGCACACAACAUUGAAACUGUUGAAGUCCUGCACAGAUUGGUUCGCGAUCAUCGAGCCAAGUACCAGCAGUCAUUAGAUGUGCUGAGGCAUGCCAAGCGGCACAAGCCCACCAUCGUCACCAAGUCUUCCAUCAUGUUGGGGCAUGGAGAGAAGGAUGAGGAGGUCACUAAAACAAUGCAAGAUCUGAGAGAGGCAGGUGUGGAUUGUGUGACGCUCGGGCAGUACAUGCAACCGACAAGGAGGCAUUUAAGUGUGAAGGAGUACGUAACACCAGAGAAGUUUAAAUACUGGCAGCAGGUUGGUAACGAGAUGGGCUUCAAAUACACAGCCAGUGGUCCCCUGGUUCGAUCCUCUUAUCGGGCAGGUGAAUACUUCAUAACGAAUAUGUUGAAGAAGAAGACUGUUACUUGAGAAUUUUCCAUAAUUUAUUAUCAAACCCAUAUUUGUUUAAAUUAACAUUUAAACUGCAAUUACAUUUUUAUUUUUUAAUUGUAAUGUUUUAAAUAUAAAAUUGUUUAAAGUGUUUAGAUUUGAUUAGAUUAGAUUUAUAAUAAUAUUUAUAUUCAAGAAUUUACUGAUUUGUUUUCAUGAAAAUUGUCAUAUUUGAAAAGUUUUUAACGGAAAUUACCACGUAGAAUUUGUAGAAUUAUUUUUUUAAGUUGAAAUUAUUUUUUAAACUUUUUAGGAAAAAUUUUUUUAACAGUU